AUGCCUUCACCUACAACACAAUCAGUCAAUGUCGAUAAUGGUUCGAAAUGUGAUGAUGUCUUGAAUAAUGGCAAUGAUAUUGAAUUCUUGAAAAAACAUUUACCACAUGUGGAUAUCGAAACUGGUUUGAAACAUCGCACAGUUCAAAGAGAUCCAAUCACCGGUCUUGGAGCAUUACCAAAAGAACAUGUUGAACUUGGACGUACAAGAAAUGCUUCAACUGGUAGACCGGCUUUCAACACAACAUUAAUUGCAUGGGAUGUAGAUAAUGCAACAGUAUGUAAGAAUAAUGGACAUACAACUAAGAAGAGUAAACCACAACGUGAUCCCAUUUCUGGGAGAGGAAAUUUUGGUGAUCGUGAAUGGGAUCCAAUUGGUAGAUAUAAUGGAAAAACUAGACGAGCCAAAAGUUCUACUGGUAUUAGAACUAAUCCAUUAACUGGUGAAAAUGUGAAAACUUUCACUGUCAUGGCUGAGGAAAGAUGUACAAAUAAAGAAAAUGGUGUAUGCAAACGAAAUGUUUCUACGAAGAAUAUUUUCACUGGGGAAAAUUGUGAGAAUUACACAGUUUCACCUGAAUUGAAAUCUCCUAUUAAACGUGUACAACGAGAACCUUCACGUAACGCUAUAACUGGUGAGAAUUGUGCAACAUAUGAUUAUAAUUCUGAAGUUAAAAUAUCAAAAAAGCGAACACCAGUCAAAAUUUCAAAUCCAUUGAAUGGUGAGAAUGUUAGCGCUUUUAUGGUAUCGCAAGAAGAAAGACCACGUACAGCUAAACCUUAUGUAUACAGGAAUACAGUGACUGGUGAAAAUCUUCAAAGUUACAAAAUAACACCAAUUGAAAGAAAUGUUACACCUAGAGUGGUUAAAGAUCGACAAAAUCCAUUAAGUGGAGAGAAUGUUGAAAGUUACACUUAUCGUUUAGGGGAAUCUAAAAGGACUGUCAAAAAAAGAGAUCUUAGUUCACCAUUAACUGGAGAUGGUUCACGUGGUCGUUCAUAUACUAUAUCUAUUGAAGAAAAACAUUUAUCCCAACCAAAUUUAAAUAUAAAUGAACAUGAUUCAACACAUCAUACAUUAUCAUCAAAAUCUCUUCGAAAUAUAUUAACAGGUGAAAAUUGUAUUACAUAUAAUGUAUGUCAAGAAAUGAGAAGUGAAAAAGUUGACAGUACGACAAUGAUGAUGAAUGGGAAUACACAUAAAAAGUCUUCCUACAAUAUUAUAACUGGUAGUGAAAAUGAAUGA